AACAGAAAACCAUUUCAAUUGUUUACGUUCUGGCAUUUUAUGGUAUCGAAUAAAUCUGUGAAACGUAAACAAGAACCAUUUAAAAAAGUAAACAAGAAACAGGAAUGCCGUUCGAUUCUUUGGAUCUCUAGAUCGAAUAAAAGACCGCAGCUUUGGUUCCGAAAAUAACAGUUGCACAUAGCAAAGAUCCAAGCACAAUCGAAGCAAUCUAUCCAAGUAAUCACCUACCCAAAGUACGAGUAUCUCCAAGAUGCGUCUCAUCCUUCUCUCCAUCGUUGGCCUCCUGUGCCUGGCCUAUGCCUUCGCUCUGAAUGGAAAUGGAGCUAACUUGGAGGAGCUGGCUAAUCUGGGAGCUGGCCAUACCGAAAGCGGAGUGCGAGAGGCUCGUGGCUAUGGUCAUGGGAACUACGGACACGGCAACUACGGACAUGGUCACGGCCACAACGGUGGUGGUGGUGGUGGUGGUGGUGGUGGUCAUGGACAUGGACAUGGUCAUUAUGGUCGCUAGUCUAUCCCCUGAUGUGCACCCCUUAACUUACCUUAAUAACCCGAUGUAUUAAAAAAAGAAAUAAAGUUUAU